CUCUAUAUAGCUCCAGGGCAUCGUUUCCCUGAGGGCUCCCAGGAGGUGAGGGCCAGGUGAGGUGCGGACCAUUAGAAGUGAGUAGUUUAGUGUAAGACAACGGGAUCAGAUGGUUUGAGGGACACAAAGUCUGUGGGCAGGAAGAAUCACAGGAGAGGGUAGAGUCCAGGAAUAAAGAGGACAGGGUCUCCCGCCUUGGCCCCAGGUCACCAUGCCGCUGGCUAUGUUGUUGCUGCUGCUGCUGCUACUGUCCCCAGACUCCCAAACUGCCCAUGGGCAUCCACUGUACACGCGCCUGUCCCCCGGCGCCCUGCAAGUUUUAUCUGCCCAGGGGACUCAGGCAUUGCAGGCUGCCCAGAGGAGUGCCCAGUGGGCCAUAAAGCGCGUGUUGAUGGAGAUCCAGCACAGACUACAUGAAUGCCAAGUAGGACCUGGACGCCCUAGACCUCAAGCCCCCCUCCUCCAGGACCCACCGGAGCCAGUACAAUGUGGAGAAAGACAUCAAGGCGUUGCCAACACGACCCGGGCUCACGGCCGCAUAGUCGGUGGCAGCACGGCUCCCUCGGGGGCCUGGCCUUGGCUAGUGAGGCUGCAACUUGGAGGGUUGCCUCUGUGCGGGGGUGUCCUGGUAGCAGCAUCCUGGGUGCUCACGGCUGCACAUUGCUUCGCCGGUGCCUCGAAUGAGCUUCUGUGGACUGUGAUGCUCGCCGAGGGGCCUCAGGGGGAGCAAGCGGAAGAAGUGCAGGUGAACCGCAUCUUGCCCCACCCUAAGUUUGACCCGCAGACUUUUCACAAUGACCUGGCCUUGGUACAGUUGUGGACGCCUGUGAGCCCAGAGGGGCCUGCGCGCCCCAUUUGCCUUCCCCAGGGUUCUCGGGAGCCUCCUGCCGGCACCCCCUGCGCCAUUGCAGGCUGGGGGGCUCUCUUCGAAGACGGGCCUGAGUCUGAGGCAGUGAGGGAGGCCCGCGUUCCGCUGCUCAGUGCAGACACCUGUCAAAAGGUCCUGGGGCCUGGGCUGCGGCCCAGCACCAUGCUCUGCGCUGGUUACCUGGCAGGGGGCAUCGACUCAUGCCAGGGUGACUCCGGGGGCCCUUUAACCUGUUCCGAGCCCGGCCCGCGCCCCAGAGAGGUCCUCUUUGGAGUCACUUCUUGGGGAGAUGGCUGUGGGGAACCAGGGAAGCCUGGGGUCUACACCCGUGUGACCGUGUUCAAAGACUGGCUGCAGGAGCAGAUGAGCGCGGGCCCCUCCACUCGCGAGCCUAGCUGCAGAGAACUUCUAAAUUGGAACGCUCGGGAAGAGGAGCCGUUCACGGACGCCCCGGGCCUCUGUGCCUUCUAUGCGCGCCAGUGCCUAGGGUCCGAGAGCUCCUGUGCGCGCCUAGCGCUCCAACAGUGUCUGCAGCGCAGGCGACGGUGCGAGCUACGGUCACUGGCGCACACCCUGCUUGGUCUGCUGCGGGGCGCCCAGGAGCUGCUCGGCCCCCGGCCAGGAUUGCGGCGUGGAGUCUCCGCGCCCGCUCGCUCCGCGCCGUCGCUCCAGGAGCUUCCCGGUCACAAUCCCCGAGAACAGCGGUUAUACUCAGGAUCGCGAAUUGCGGGAACCUGGCUCCAGAAACCAAAGCCGGAGCGGCGCCCGGAAACAAAGGGCUGCCCUGGGCUGGAGCCUCUGCAACAGAAGUUAGCGGCUAUUCAGCGAGCGCAUGCUUGGAUCCUACAGAUCCCAGCUGAGCACUUGGCCAUGAACUUUCAUGAGGUGCUGGCAGAUCUGGGCUCCAAGACACUGACAGGACUCUUCAGAGCUUGGGUGAGGGCCGGUUUGGGGGACCAGCGUGUGGUCUUCAGUGGCCUAGUGGGCUUGGAACCUUCCACACUGGCUCAUAGUCUCCCCCGGCUACUAGUGCAGGCCCUGAAGGCCUUCCGCUCAGCUUCCCUGACAGAAGGAGAGCCCCAGGCACCCUGGAUAGGUGCUGAUCAAGGACAGAGGCUGGGAAAGGAGCGCCAGGGCCAACUCCAGCCUCCUGUUCCCUGAACCAGGCAACCCUGUGAUGGUCACACUGUCCUGGGGGCUAAAGCGGUUGUGUGAGACAUACAAAGUCUCUCUAUUCCAGUUGAUCUUGGAUGUGUGGAUAGAGUGGGGAUCCUGGAUCUCACUCAUCUUCUUCAAUGUGUCACCAGACACGCAUGGCUGCUUUAAUAAAUGUUAUUUAUACUCUA